AUGCAGCAGUUAGCCGAGAAGGAAAAGGAAGAGGAGGAAGACGACGAUAUUGGGCAAGGCGAGUUCCGAAUAGCCGACAGCGCGGGCGCCAUUCUGGAUCCGUUCAUGGGCGACAAUUUUGAAGAGGCCAUAUGGAGGAAGGUCUGA